AUGUUUGGACGGGCCGGAUCUCCCUUUUUAAAAUUUUCAGUAGAAUCUCUCAACGACUGCAUGCAAGCAAUCUGGGAAGCAGACUAUGGUUGUGUUCAAAAAAGCUGCAAUAAAGAUAUCCAUGGAAGAUAUGGUUGUGGCUACUUCCAACUCAACAUUUAUCACUAUAAACUCUGUUACCAACCUGGUAAAAAAGAGGAUCAAGACGAAGAAGAAGCCUGGCCAGAAUGUGCUGAAAAUUUUAAAUGUUCACAAGAAUUUUUAGGGGAAACCGAUGAAUGCGAAACCUUGACAAGAAUUUAUGAUGGUGGAGCAAACGGUUGUUGCUCAAAAAACACUUUGUCAUACUGGAAGACCGUAAAACAGAUAUGCCCACAUUGUUAA